AUGGUUUCUGAAAGAUUUAAAGAGAAAGCUGCUUUUCGAGAGAGAAUGUCUGCCAUGAAGAAAUCGGCUGAAGUUUUGGGUCUUCGAUCUGAGAGAGAUCGGUUAAAUAGUUUGGGAUACGGUUUGGCAAAGAAGUCAAGUAUUGAUUUGGGAGUGAAAGACGAAUUGACGUUUCCUUCUCUACUACAAGAGAUUCAAAAACUCAAGAAACGCAAUAAAGAGUUGGAAUCGAAGAACAGAAAGUUAGAGUCACGUGCCAGUGUGAGCCAAGAGGCAGUGAGAUCGUACGAGAGGAAGAUGAACAAGGUAUUGAGUUCGUCCGAAGAUUACAAGAGACAAGCAAGACGAUUGAAGAGUUCUAAUCGUCAACUAGUCAAUGAAGUGAGCGAAUUAAGAAGGCAGGUGGGCAAAUAUGUUGCAGAUAUUGGAUCAAUUCGAGCACGUAAUGAAGUUCUAGUGAGUCAUAUGAGUGAUGGAAGCGAAGAUGAGGAAUAUGAGGGAAGUAAUGAGUUCGAUGAGUCUGAGCAAAGUGAUAAUCUUUUUACUCGAUAUGAAACGGGUCUUUCUGUUCCCUUGGAUACCACACAAUUGCUUAGCAUCGACCCGGAGGAACUUACUGUGGGUCAGAUUGGAAAAUUAGGCCUCAGGCAGGUCGACGACCUGGAUACAGAAAGAUUGUUGGGAUUAUAG